AUGCCAGCUGCACACCCGCCGGAGACAGCUGCAGCAGAAACAGAGAGUCCUGCUCUUUCUAUUAGCAAGCUUGAAGGUGGUACGCUGAGCCCAGAUCGGGCCGUCGUCUUGCCUUCAGACCACACCUCUGGUAAGGUGUCUCCUGACAUUCUGGCAAAUAUAUCGGGCACCUGCAACAACGCUAGCUCACCGCCGUUGCCUAAUGAAGAACACCGUGGUUUGAUAAUCUCGAAUGACGAUGCAUCUCGCAAUGAAGCAGAACGGGCUACUGGAGGAGUGCAGCCAGUUGUGCUGCGUUGUAAAGACAUUACUUACUCUGUCGCUCUUCCCCCCGACGGCACCUGCCUCACGAGAUCGUGCCAUAAACUUUGCACGUGUCGCAGAGGAACUGGUGAUAAAGUGAACAUAGAACCCGACGAACGCCCGAAGCUCAGAAAAGAUAUUCUGUGCCUCGACGGCAUAGAGCUCGUAUUUAGUCCAGGAGACUGCGUUGCCUUGAUGGGCAGCAGCGGUGCCGGCAAAUCAACGCUUCUGAACUGCCUAAGUGGUAGGGUUUCGACGGGUCUGCGGGGGGAAGUGGAAAUGAACGGCAUGCCUUGCACGCCGCAGCUGUGCAAGGAGCUCGGCUGUUUUAUUCAGCAAGAAGACAUCAUUUUUGGAUACCUCACAGUGGAGGAACAUCUGUUUUUUCAGGUAUUUGCUCAAUACAACAUGAUUCUUGAUGCAUGCCUCCGUCUGCCCAAAGGAACAACAAUGAACGAGGCAAGGCGCACUACAGCGUGCCUUUUGGAGUGCUUUGGUUUAGCACAUAUAUCAAAGUCAUUUAUUGGGGGUCCGCAUGAAGCUGCUCGGGGAUCAAUUUCCGGAGGGGAGAAGAAACGGCUUUGCAUUGCCAGCGAGCUCUUGAGUAACCCAUCGGUUAUUUUCGCCGACGAGCCCACGAGCGGUUUGGACUCAUUCAUGGCUAAGGCCGUCUGCGACCAGCUGGCAACUCUCGCGGCAGCUGGUUGCACUGUCGUACUUCUGCUGGGCGAAGGGCGCGUUUUAUACUACGGAGAUCGCCUGGCUGCGGUUUCUUGGCUGGAACACUUGGGUUGCAGACCUUGUGGGAUCGAUGCAAACAUUGCUGAGUUCAUCCUUAAAGCCACGUCGCUUCAUCAUCUCGAUGCACAGGCUAAGGCUGCACGUCUACAAGAAUGGGCAGACGCCUGGCGUCUUGAGGGUGAAGCAUUCCUUAGGAACUGGGUAGGUUUGCUUAAGACUGCACUGUGUCGCAUCCAUCGUUACCUACUGCUGAGCGGGAUGCGGGAUUCGAACCCUCCCCAUUCAUCUCUUUCGCGACCCAAAGUGUAUUUUAUGAUUCUCAAGUUUCUCAAGUUCGUCAUACACCUUUGCACUGCGUUUGCUUGCGAUGCGUGCAAUGCAAACCUCCGCUGUCUCUGGACUGCAACUGGGGCCACCCUGCAGGCUCUUCUUCUUGUAGCUGUUCUCGUUUGCGCUGACAGGAGGAACAGGGAAGAGAUCUUUUUAAACAACGAAGCUGCACAUUUUCCUCCAUACUUGAGCCCGUGGAGCCCGCGCGAAUCGGAGUCGGAAAUUCUUCGUUUGAGGGAAGCAUCCGGCCGGACUGGCACCAUCGGGCAAGGCAGUAGGCCCACCAAUGCAGCUACGGUCCAGCGCGACGCGGUUCAUGCCCUUGCGUCCGUAUGCCGUACAAGAAAUUCGCGGGAAAGCGGACGCAUAUCACCGUUCACUGAAGCCGUAGUCCUGACAAGGCGAGGCCUGUUGUUGCGGUGGAGGGACCCAUCUACCUCUUAUGCUCGCUUGGCAGUCACCCUGAUAACAGCACUCCUGCCGUCGUUUAUCUUUUACCGUCCCUUGCCUGCAUCUUUGCCGUUGCGAACCUUUUCCCGCAAGCCCGACCUGUGGCACAGAGGGAAUAUGAAUCAGGAGGUCGUCGCACUGGCCGUGACGCAAGUGGCCCAAGUUGUCCUAGCUCUGUUUUCUGGAUUCAUGACGCAGAUCGACCAGUUGAGCCCAUUCUUUAAAGUUGUUGCGGCGUUGUCCCCAUUUAAGUAUGCACUGUCGUCAUUUAGCUUGGUAAUUUUUGAUGACGAGUACUUCAUUGGUGAGGGUGGAGAACGAGUGUCUGGAGACGACGUAAGUUCCGAGAUGGCUGAGAACUUCAGAAACCUCAAGAUAGGCAGAGUAUAUGCUUUUGAAGGGCCAAACGAAUCAGCUUAUCCUAUUGCCUUUGCUUUUUCGCAGUUCCUCAAGGGGACAUUUGGGAUUAAAAGGGAAGCAUGCGCUUCAGAUUUAGGGGCCCUUGUUGCCCUCAUCAUUGUAGCUAUUUAUUUCAUGCUUCCUUUGAAAGAAAGCGCUAGAGUGGCUUGGCGACACGAAACGGGGCAGGCAGCAGCUCAGUUCAUCAAAGGCAGUAGCUCCUUAUGGUGGAAACCAGAUCCAGCAGGCUUGCAGGACCAGAGCCCUGGGAACGAUCUCAGGAGCUCGAGUUCCACGGGGAAUCGUUCGCCAAUGCGUAGGAUCUCAUUGCUGGCGCUUAGCAUGGGCGUCAUGUAG